AGUUGGAGUCUGGUUUUCAGCUCAAAAAAUCCGGCAUUCUGAACCCUGCUAAACCCCUUCCACCGGCCGAGGUCUUUAAGAAUGGGGAAGAAGAAGCAUAAGCGACCGGAAUCGGAAUCGGAGGCACUUGACAGAGACGACGUCGAAGCUAAGCAUGAAACUGAGUGUAGUAAUGGAUGCUCUCCUGAGAAGAAGAAGAAGAAGAAGAAGAAGAAAGUCGAGAAUGAUGAAAUCAAGGUAGAGAAGAGGAAACCGAUUUCAAAACCUACAGUGAGCAUUGCGGUUUCCGGUUCCAUCAUUGACAACGCUCAAUCCCUGGAGCUGGCCACCAGAUUGGCUGGUCAAAUUGCUCGUGCGGCAACCAUAUUUCGAAUUGACGAGGUGGUGGUAUUUGACAGUGGAAGAAGUUCAAUGACUGGCUCGGAUAUUGCGGCAGCGAACAAUUCAGAUGAGGAUGAAAGUGGUGCUGCGUUUCUAAUAAGGAUCUUGAAGUAUCUUGAGACUCCACAAUACUUGAGAAAAGCUCUUUUCCCAAAGCACAACAAUUUAAGAUUUGUGGGGAUGUUGCCCCCGCUUGAUGCCCCUCACCAUUUGCGCAAGCAUGAAUGGGGUCCCUAUCGAGAAGGUGUUACCCUGAAAGAAAGAGCUCCAGAUGCUAGAGGAACACCAGUUGAUGUUGGACUGAGUAAGAACGUUGUUGUUGAUGAAAGACUUGAACCUGGAAUAAGAGUAACGGUAGCUAUGGGAACAGAUCGCAAUUUACUUUCUGAUCUACCCCACCAAGUGGUCUCAUCCUCAAGGCCUGUGGAAGAAGGAUUUUACUGGGGCUAUAGAGUGCGAUAUGCUUCUUCUUUGAGUGCAGUUUUUAAGGAGAGUUCAUACGAGGGUGGUUAUGAUCACUUGAUUGGCACCUCAGAGCACGGAAUAGUAGUCAAGUCCUCGGAACUAACACUACCUUCUUUCAGGCAUCUGUUAAUUGCCUUUGGUGGACUUGCUGGUUUAGAAGAGAGCAUUGAGGAAGAUAACAACUUCAAGAGUAAAAAUGCUCACGAGAUCUUUUCAUCAUACUUGAAUACAUGUCCACUGCAAGGAAGCCGAACAAUUCGAACAGAGGAAGCAAUAUUCAUCUCUCUCCAGUAUUUCCAAGAACCGAUAAGCAAGGCAUUGCAGAUUGCAGCAGAUUAGAUUUGAUUGUUAGAAGCUUCAACAUUCAUGAUCCUGUCAAUGAGCUUGAACUUGGCAGCUGGUUCAGUUGUGCUCUGUGGUUCAUUUUUUUUAGUGUAACAAAAGGGUUUAAAGAUACAUCCUUCCCGUCAGUGUUGUAAUUUUAAUUGUCCUGGAAAUUUGGGACGCUUUAAUUUAUAUAUUAUGUGCUGUUUUGGGGACACCCCAAAUUUUUGGGUU